AUGCCGAAAGACUACCAGAUUUUGGUUUCAAGGGAGAUAGGAUAUCGUAAAGGAGCCGUUUUGCGCAUGGCUGUGGAGGCUUACACGACGAUGGAAGGCUUAAAGUUAGCGUGGCCUCAACUAGUGGACAGCGUCGGUGACGCUCUCGGUUUCGUCAACGCCACGAUAGCGUCUGUCGACGACGGCGACAAUAACAAUGCCCUUAGCUGCAAAAGGGACAUAUCCACUGGAACUCCGGGAAAUUACCGAAUUUACAUGCGCAUCCUUAUGUUCCUUGACCGGAAAGCGAUGGAUAGUUACCUGCCGAAGCUGAAAUCUUACUUGCCGUCCGCAAACUUCGGUGGAUUUAACAGUGGUACAUUGAAGCUUAUUCCAGCCACGAGUCACAUGGCGGUGAAACCGAAUGAUGAGAUUUUAACUAUCAGCAUUGGGGGUAAACGGUAUACCCUCAGUCGAUCGCUGCUCACUGUUGAUCAGCGUAGCAAGUUGGCCGAUUGGUUCAAGCCCGGUUCAAGUAAGAGCUACAUCACUGACAAAGCUGGCCACACAUUUCUGGACCGCGACGGCAAGACGUUCCGUCAUGUACUGAAUUAUUUGCGGUUCAAGAAGGAAAAGAUUCCUGCGGUUUUUUGCUUGCCGUCUAAGCCUGACGAGUUGGCGAGACUUUGCGCAGAAGCUACAUUUUUACAGAUGGAUGAACUUAGAAGUUUCUGCGUCUCGAUGUUGAAAAAGUACAAUCUCGAAGAAGAAAAUUACAUCACUCCGUUUGUCGAAACCAUUCUGAAAGAAUAUGACUUUUGGAAUGCGGCCAAAGGUGGUAAAAAAUCUGCAUCCGCUUGUGCAGAUGAAGGCGAAUAUUCUUGGUAG